AUGGAGGGGCAUGCUGAAAUGGAGAUGCUGAGGACAUUGAAGGGGUCCUCCACAGGGGAGGUCAGCGUGCAUCUGGUGGCCAAAGACAGCCCAGGUUCCAGCCCUCACCUGCCCACUGCGGCCUUCAUCAUUCCAGCCACCUCUGCCACCCUUGGCCUGCCCAGCAGUGCCCUGGAUGUGUCCUGCUUUCCGCGGGAUCCCAUCCAUGUGGGCACCCCUGAGCGAGUGACCGGUAGCAUACCUGUCACGGCCACCGUUCUGCCGCAGUUAAGCGCGGGGCCGGCGGCCAGCUCUAGCGUCAGCACAGUGCGGCUUCUGGAGUGGACGGAGGCCGCGGUCCCGCCUCCUGGGAGCGGCCUGCGGUUCCGAAUUAGCGAGUAUGCGCCACUGAACAUGGUGGGAGCAGAGCACCCACCGAGCCCCGAGCUGCGGCAGGAAGGCGUGGCGGAGUACGAAGCUAGCGAGGCCUCCGCGGGAGGUGGCGAUGCGAGUACUCAGCAGCCGGGGGAUCUCCCCCAAGACCCUCCAGAAUAUCCCCCUCAGGAUCCCCGAGAGGAUGAUGGCAACUGUCAAUGCCAGGCAUGUGAGCCUCAGCAAGGCUCUGGUCCAGAUCCUGGUUCCUCCAAUGAUGGCUGCGUCCAGCUGUUCCAGGAGCGGUCAGUCAUAGUGGAGAAUGCCUCUGGCCAGAACUCGUGCACCAGCACUUCUGAGCUCCUCAAACCCAUGAAGAAGAGGAAGUACAGGGAAUACCAGAGCCCCUCAGAGGAGGAGUCAGAGCCAGACACCGUGGAGAAGCAAGAAGGAAAGGAUCCAGAGGGACAACCCACUGCUCACACCCCAGAAAGUGAGGAGUGGAGCAGGAGCCAGCCUGUGUCAGGGGAGAAGAAGGAAGGCUGGUCCUGGGAGUCAUACCUGGAGGAGCAGAAGGCCAUCACUGCCCCGGUCAGCCUCUUCCAGGACUACCAGGCGGUCACUCAGAACAAGAAUGGCUUCAGACUGGGCAUGAAGUUGGAAGGCAUCGACCCUCAGCACCCAUCCAUGUACUUCAUCCUCACCGUGGCCGAGGUGUGUGGCUACCGCCUACGUCUGCACUUUGACGGGUAUUCCGAGUGCCACGACUUCUGGAUCAAUGCCAACUCCCCUGACAUUCACCCCGCUGGCUGGUUCGAGAAGACUGGACACAAGCUGCAGCCCCCCAAAGGUUACAAGGAAGAGGAGUUCAGCUGGAGCCAGUACCUGCGCAGCACAAGAGCUCAGGCUGCCCCCAAGCACCUAUUUGUGAACCAGAGCCACAGUCCCCCACCCCUGGGCUUCCAGGUGGGCAUGAAGCUGGAGGCUGUCGACCGCAUGAACCCGUCCCUCGUCUGCGUGGCCAGUGUGACCGACGUGGUGGACAGUCGUUUCCUGGUGCACUUUGACAACUGGGACGAUACUUAUGACUACUGGUGUGAUCCCAGCAGUCCCUACAUCCACCCGGUGGGCUGGUGCCAGAAGCAAGGAAAGCCCCUCACCCCUCCACAAGACUACCCAGACCCAGAUAGCUUCUGUUGGGAGAAAUACCUGGAACAGACGGGGGCUGCUGCUGUGCCCGCCUGGGCCUUCAAGGUGCGACCCCCGCACAGCUUUCUGGUCAACAUGAAGCUGGAGGCCGUGGACCGUAGGAACCCAGCUCUGAUUCGUGUGGCCAGCGUAGAGGACGUGGAGAACCAUCGGAUAAAGCUCCACUUUGAUGGCUGGAGUCAUGCCUAUGACUUCUGGAUCGAUGCCGACCACCCAGACAUCCACCCCGCCGGCUGGUGCUCCAAGACAGGGCACCCCCUGCAGCCUCCUCUCCGACCCAGAGAGACCAGCUCUGCCUCCCCUGGGGGCUGUCCUCCUCUCAGCUAUCGGAGCCUGCCUCACACUAGGACCUCCAAGUACAGCUUCCACCACCGAAAAUGCCCCACUCCUGGCUGUGACGGGUCUGGCCACGUCACAGGCAAGUUCACAGCUCACCAUUGCCUCUCGGGCUGCCCGCUGGCUGAGAGGAACCAGAGCCGGCUGAAGGCGGAGCUGUCCGACACAGAGGCCUCGGCCCGUAAGAGGAACCUCUCGGGCUUCUCCCUAAGGAAGAAGCCUCGUCAUCAUGGCCGGAUUGGACGCCCUCCAAAGUAUCGGAAGAUCCCACAAGAAGAUUUCCCAACCCUCACGAGCGACGUCAUGCACCAGUCCCUCUUCAUGUCAUCCCUGUCGGCCCACCCUGACCGUUCCCUCUCAGUGUGCUGGGAGCAGCACUGCAAGCUCCUGCCGGGAGUGGCCGGCAUCUCAGCCUCCACCGUCGCCAAGUGGACCAUCGAUGAGGUCUUCGGCUUCGUUCAGACCCUGACAGGUUGUGAGGACCAAGCACGACUCUUCAAAGAUGAGAUGAUUGACGGCGAGGCCUUCCUUUUGCUGACACAGGCGGACAUUGUGAAGAUCAUGAGCGUCAAGCUGGGCCCAGCCUUGAAGAUCUAUAACGCCAUUCUCAUGUUCAAAAACGCCGAUGACACCUUAAAGUGACUGGCUCAGGGCUGGGCCCCCCCCCAGCCCGCGCUGGGCCUCCCUUCUGCAGCUGAUGCUUCCUCCUCGACUUGAGUUCCUCCUAUCCCACCUGUACCCCCAGCCCCUCCAUAUCUUACCAGGAGUGGUGUUUCUUCUCACCGGGGUUGUUUCCUACAUGGUACAUGGGAGCAGAGGAGCCCUGGGGGAGAUGGAGUCCUAGCCCCCAAAUCCUGGAACUCAUCUGCCGCCAGCCACACUGAUGAGGGUGUGACUGGGCUGGGGGGGGCCAUCCCUGAUGUAGUAGGUUGGGGGUGCUCUGCCUGCGGCAGUCCCACACCCCUAGCCAACUUGUUUGAUCACCAAAGGGUUUUUUUCUUAGCAGUUAAGAACAAUCUGGUAGAAUGGGAAUCCUCCAAUCCGAGGCCCUUUUCUCUUCAGCAUCCGUGCUUUUCUUUCCUUGACCCUUUUCUCUGACCGAGAAGUGACCCUGCUGCAAACGUAUUUACUCAGAAAGACACCUCCCCCUUUCUGUCUGCUGGUUUUGCUGCCCUCAUUCUGCUGCCCCAUUUCCUGGGCAGUGGCCCCCACCAUGGCCCAGCCGGACCCCACUGGCUCUUCCCCUUAGGUCGGUGAGCCACAGAAACAUGUUUUCUUAGGAUCCAUGGGAGUCUUUCUGCCUUUUACCCAGAAGUGGGGGAUUCUGAGCCAAGAUGCCUUCUUAAACAUGCCCAGUUCUGGGCCACUUGGCAUUUUAUAGUGUCCUGUGCCAAGUCCUGUUUCCAGCAGAGUAGGUGAUUAGAGCAUUUUACCUCUGCAGCAGAGUCUAAGGUUCUAGGGAUGUCCCCCGUACCUCCUUACUGUGUCGGGUGUAGGAAGGAGGCAGCCUGGCUGCCUAGGUAGCCAAGGCCAGCACAAGAGUAUGUGAGACAAUCUAGGUUCUUAGGCCAAAGGGGCAGCCCCAGCAGGCGUGGCAGCCCCCCCAAGCUGAGCAUAGUAUCUUUCUGUGUCGCCAUGGGUCUCAGCCAAGGUAUUGCCCUGCGCUGAGGACCACAUGCCUGUCAGACCUCCUGCCAUGGGAACGUAGUACUCUGUGUAGCACACACACCCUGUAAUAUCACAUUGGCCUGCCCCUUAAAUGUCUUGCUCUUGAGGCAUUUUACAAAGACCACUUGAAAUUGGGAGUUGGGAAGGUGAAUUCUGUCUUUUGAAUUUUCCAUGUUCUUAUGCCUUUCUUACCACUUUCCAUCUGUCUUGCACUGCCCGCCGGGUGCCUGCGGGGACUUUGACCUUUCUGUCCAAGUGGGGGCCUGGCCUCCACUGAGCCACUGCCAAACCUGCCUCCAGCCCAGGAGCCAGCCCCAUGGGAGGUGAGGAGCAGCUGCUAAGCUCCUGUGGCCCUAGGUGCUGAGAUGGGCCUGCAGGGUGUGGAGUCAGGGGGGCCUGCCCCAGACCCCUUCUGUCAGUUAUGUGAUGUGAUGUGUGUGUGUGUGUGUGUGUGUGUGUGUGUGUGUAGGACACUCUCAGAAGUGUUUGACAGGGUGCUAAUGUGAGGCUCGGUGUUGGGAAAGUGUCAAGGGCUAUUACCAUUUAAAUAUGAAACUUUAUCUUUCCCACAGAAGAGGGAAACCCAAAGCUCUGUUGGUUUCCUGCCCCAGCCCAGUAGGGGGCGCUCUCUCACAUUGGCCCAGCCUGGACUGCUUUGCCAUGGCAGCCAUUCAGCCCUCCCAUCCGAACUCCCGCAGGGCUUAAAUGUUCCUUCCCUGUCAGCCCUUAGAGGCAAUUCUGAGCACAAACUUCCUGGGAAGAAAGUGGACAGGCCCUGCCUCGGGCUGAGGGUUGGGUGUACAGAGGGUUGCAUUGGCGCCCCUUGGCCAAGAGUAAGGCAGAGCAAGUCUGAGCCUCUAUCUUGGUUGCUUGGGUGAUGGCAAAACUUACCAGCUCCUUGGCCUUGUCUCCUCAUCUAUGACGCUGAGGAGAGAUACUGGCUUUGUGUUGUGAGGAGAGGAGGCAAGGACGCAGAGCUGGGCUGGGAUGGCUUUGCCAUGUGGGUCUGCCAGCCACGCUCCUAUUGCUGGCCUACGGGAAAGAGGAUGAACCAAGGGCCCCCAGGGGUCUGAGGCCUCAGCACUUUCUGCACCAAUGGCAAAACUCUUUGGAAAGAAACCAAAUCAUAAGAGGGAGGAGAGAAAUCUGUCUUCUGUUCAUCCCACUACUCCUUCACCCCCAUCCUGUCCCCAAAUGAGAUCAUUGCACCUUGACCUGGGAGUGCAGUGAGGGGAGGGAGUGGGCGGGUGCCUGGUGCCAUGUGCCCUCUGCCCUGCUCUCUAGGGCAGGCACCACUUACACUUUGACCCCAGCAGCCUCGCCCAGCCCCGGCCUAGGCCAGUGAGGACCUUGCUGUUUCAUUUCUGAAGCAGAGAGAAUGAUCCCAGAGUUUGAAAAUGAAGCCUGUUUGCACUUUCAUUCACAUGCACUUUGGUGGAGUUGGGUUUCUUUGUACUUUGUGUGUGUGUGUGUGUGUGUGUGUGUGUGUGUGUGUGUGUACGUGCACGGGCGUGCAUGCACACAUGUGUUCUUUAAGAGAAUCUUCUGGUUUAAGAUAAAAGUAACUUAACUCUUGAAGGAGAGAGAGUUACAAACAAAAUGUGGUGUGUUUUGUCAGUGUAUUGAAACAACAUAAAU